CGCCGCGGAGCGCGGGCGCGAGCGGAGCGGGAAGCGGAGCCGACAUGGCUGCAUGUUUACCAGACGCCGUCUCGCUUACUCGGUUUCCAAGAGGAAAUGAGUCCCAAGAAGAAGAUGUGGGUGAAUAUAAGACUGUAUGGAAGCAGGUAGAAGAGUCCCAGCGCAAACUAAUGCUUCUAGAAAAAGACACACUGCUAAAAUCGGAUACCAAGCAUUCUUUGUUAAUGAUUCGAAAUAAAGCUCUAAUGGAUGAAUAUGAUGAAUGGCAAAGAAGGAGUCCUGAAGUGCUUCCUGCCGAACCAGAUGUACUGAUAGCAUUGGGAAAAGAAGAGCUGCAGAAAGUAAAGGAUGAUCUUGACAUGGCACUGGCAAUGGUUCAGUUAAAGAAUAAGCAACUGGAAGAAGAUUUGGAAAGAGAACAGCAGUGGCAUGAGGAUCAGGAGAAGACACUAGGUAUUCUUAAUAAAAUUGAAGAAGAGACAAAAAUCCAAGAUGAACAAGCCUCCAAAAAAGGUUUGAGUGAUACCAUAUUUCAUGAUCUCCAAAAAAAAAUGUUACGCCUCAAGAGGUACAAUGAAGAAAUCUGGACUGCUCUGGGUAAAUUCCUGCAAGAACAAUUUCCUCUCCCAGAGAAAGGUGAAAGUUCUAAGAGAAAGAAGAAGCCUUCUGAGAAGCCAGAUGUAAAACUCAUAACCCUGAAGGAGAUUUUAGAGCUUCUUAUAAAUAAAUUAAUGGAAACCCCACAUGAACCCUAUAUAAGAGUCAAUGACUCAUUUUGGCCACCUUAUGUUGAGCUACUGCUGCGAUGUGGAGUUGCCCUAAGACAUCCAGGAGAUCCAAACAGACUGCGCCUGGAAAGCUUUCACAUGUAGCAUGACCUACAUGUUUUUAACAAAACAAAUCAACAGUACUUUUACUUGGGGGAUAAGACAUACUUAGGCUUGAUUAUAAUUUUUUAUAAUAUUAGCAAUCUCUUGGAUGAUUUAAUUUUUUCAUCAUUGGCUGAAUUUAAUUUUUUAUUGUUGGAUGGUUCUAUUUGAAUCUUUUUCCCUAUUGACUGAAGUAUCUGAAUGUGCAAUAUAAGGAAAGACAAAAAUUUCAGGCAAAAUUUGAAAUAACACAGGUCCUCCUUGCAAACAUUUGGAACCAAAAGUAAAGGAUCAUCUCCUGAAUGUGGGGAUUUUUUUGCAGAACGAUUGCAAACCAGUUUAUUGGCUUUAAGAUAAACAUGUAGAAGAUGUGACAUCUUUCUGUGCAAAUGGCUGCAGAUGUUGAAUGUGUAACUCUACAAUGCAUGCUUCCUAAACAGCCCAUAUUGUGUAAUGCUAUAUUGCCUAGCAGUACAUGUCUUCACUUUUUCAGAUCUUGUUUAUCAAGAUCUGUGUUGUUGAUUUCUACAGUUUAAGUCAUGUAAAAUGACAUUUACCUUCUGAAUAAAUGCUGGCAUACUGUGUCAUCUUAAUUUGCUUUUCUAUAGCCCUCGUUAUUUUAGUACACGGGUACACAAAAUUCUACUGUUGUUAUCUGUAGUGAAUAUAACCUUGGAAAAUAAAAUAUGCAUUUC